GAAUUGUGGAGUACAUGAGCUAAUCUGCAUCAGAAAAGUGGCAGUUAGUAAGAUCAGAGCCAUACUCCAUAGGCUGGACAUUUUUUGAGAAAUCAUAAACUGACCAAUCAAACUGUGUGCUCCCUGAUGUCACUGGCAACAUGGCAUUAUUUAAGAGCUUCCAGCAAAGUCUACCCUCCAUGUCUGCAAUGUUGGAAUCGGUGACAGAAAAGAUCGAUGACUUUGCUUAUGCACUGAGCGACAUCACGUACACUGUGACUGGAGAAUUGGCCGAACAGGUCAACACCAUCAUUCACAAAGUCCAGGCCGAGGAGCUGAAGUGGAUUCGUAAGAAAGAGGCAGCAGAGAAGGAAGCUGUAGCACGUCAGGCCCUAGAGAGAGAUGUUUUUCAGGGUAAGGCAGAAAUCCAGGCCCAGGCUGUACCUGACGUAAUGAAGGGACAAGAGCCACACACUACAGGCAAUGAAACUGUUUCAUUACUCUCCUCUAAGACUUUCUCUACAGAAAGUGACCUCUCACAAACUCCUGACACUCUUAAUGGAAACAAGUUCAAGGCACAACAACAUGAUGCUUUUUCAUCCUCUGUUGAGGGGAAAUUUGGACUUCAAAACAAUGGCUCCUGUGAUAAAGAAAGAACUGAGUCCACUAGACUAAAAACAUCUCUUAGGAGCUCAACAGGAGGUGGUGAGAAGAAAAUGUCCUCCAGCAAGCAGGAAAGACAUGCUAAAGAAAAGAGUUAUGUGAAUGCAGACUAUCAUUGUUCAUCGUCUGACAGUGAUGAUGAAGUGAUUGGACAGUACCAGGAGGCUGUGUCUCGGUCGCAGGGUCUCCGGGGUGGCUCAGCAGGAGUAAAAACACGCCACCAAAAGGGCUAUGGCUGGGACACAAGACAGAAAUACUGCCCCCUAGCGGCCGAGUAUGAUGGCUACAGCAGUGAGGCCUCAGCAGAUGAUGUAAACUGUAUCCAACGGAUGAGACGGACACCGCCACUGGACGAGCUGCAGCCUCCACCAUAUAUGGACGAGAAUGGUUCACCACGCAUGUCAUGUACGCCCUCUGACCUGGAUGAUGCCAAGUGUGACCUUUCCCAUGGGAGCGAGAGCCCCAGACACAGCUAUGGGAAAUGUCCGAGUGAGGUCAGCGGACCACAGGAAACUGAGAGUUUCCUCAACAAGGGCUAUGAAGAAGACGUACCCAGCGACAGCACUGCUGUACUCAGCCCAGAGGAUCUCUCUGCACGUGGCUCAGCUGCUCAUCUUCCCAAAGGUUAUGACCCCGAGCCUCUCACUCAGUACGGUACCCUCGAUGUUGUCUUUGACUACGAUUCGUCUGACCAGCGUCUGUCUGUCACAAUAACUGCACUUACGGACAUUCCUCCACUCAAACGCUCUGGGAACAUCUCCUGGCAGGUGCAUCUGGUGCUGCUGCCCACCAAAAAACAGAGGGCAAAAACCAUCAUCCAGCGUGACCCCUGUCCCGUCUUCACAGAGACAUUUCACUUCAGCCAUAUCGAGUCAGAGAUGAUCAUGAACUAUGCUGUUCGGUUCCGUUUGUACGGCGUGCGCAGGAUGAAGAAGGAGAAAGCUCUCGGAGAGAAGGUGUUUUACCUCACCAAACUCAACCUGCAGGGCAAGAUGUCUGUCCCCAUCAUACUGGACCCCUGCUGCAACAUACCCGGCAGUGACUCUCUGGCAAGCAUGUCAGACGUGUCAUGCAGUGAAACAGCCUCAUCGUUCCCGUCUGCAGUUCAAGGGUCAGCUCCAGAGAUCCUGCUGGGGCUUUUGUACAAUGCCACUACAGGGCGCCUCUCUGUGGAGGUCAUCAAAGGAAGCCACUUCAAAAACCUGGCCGUAAACAAACCUCCCAAUGGUUUGUUCUGUUGUCUAAAGCACUUGAUAGGUGGGCAGGUGUACAUAAUUCGAGACACAUAUGUGAAGCUGGCUCUACUGAACUCAGUGGGUCAGGAAAUGUCCAAGUGCAAGACCUCCAUUUGCCGUGGCCAACCCAACCCCACCUACAAGGAGACCUUUGUGUUCCAAGUAGCUCUGUUCCAGCUCUCUGACGUCACACUCAUCUUAUCCGUCUAUAACAAACGCAGCAUGAAACGGAAGGAGAUGAUUGGCUGGAUCUCUCUGGGGCUGAACAGCUCUGGAGAGGAGGAGCUGACACACUGGACUCAGAUGAAAGAAUCAAAGGGACAACAGGUGUGUCGAUGGCACAGUCUUUUGGAGUCGUAG